AUGACAAAGAUAUCCGAUCUUUCGCGUGAUUUGGUAGAGGAGAUACUGUGUAGGGUUCGUAUAACUUCUAUAGGGGCAGCAAGAUCCACUUGCAAACUAUGGAACGCUUUAUUCAAAGAUGAGAACUUUACAAAGCACAGUGGUACGACAUCAGCCAAGGAGAUUAUGUUCAUCAUGAUCCGUGGUUGUAGGGCUCAUUUAAUGAGCGUCAAUCUCCAUGAAAGUUAUAACCACAAAGUCUUGGUAGAUUUAUCUAUAAAGGAGAUAGGUAAACUUAACCAAGUGAAUAUCAUUGAAAUGCUUCAUUGCGAUGGUUUAUUGUUAUGCGUCACUGCAGAUCUUUCGAGGCUCCUGGUUUGGAACCCGUCCGGAACAAUCAGGUGGAUCCACCAACCCAAAAAGAACAAUUUCCAUAUAUUAGACAGGUUUGCUAUCGGAUACGACAACAACAACCGCAACGUCAAAGUCUUGAGGUUUUACUUUUACUGUUGGAAUCCCAACAGCCACAUUGAGUAUGAAAUCUUUGACAUUGAGUCUAAUUCAUGGAGGAAGCUCCUUGAUGUCACUACCGACUGGAGAAUACAUCGUAGGAGUGUGUCCUUUAAGGGAAAUACUUACUUUAUUGCUCAUGUAAGAUUGCAAGUAGAAGAAGGAGAAUUUUUACGUUGUUUUGAUUUUACAAGUGAGAGAUUUGGACCGCGUCUCCCUCUGCCGUUUCACUCUCGUCUUGACGAUUCGGUAAUUCUAUCUACUGUUGGAGAAGAGAAGCUUGCAGUGUUAUUUAAGAAGUCUGAUGAAUGUGAGAUUGGAAUAUGGAUUACCACUAUGAUUGAGCCCAAUACAAUGACGUGGAGCAACUUGCUUAAAGUUGAUGUUGAACUAUACAUCGAAAGAUUUAGGUUUCCACAUGGGAGUUUCUUGGUCGACGAGAAGAAGAAAGUAGCAGUGGUUUUUGAUACACAUAGAAAAACGUGGACCAACUACAAACCUUACAUGGUUAGAGAGAAUGGACACUACAAAGAAGUGGAUUUCAAAGAAUCUAACCGUUGUGGAUGUUCAUGUGCUCUUAUGUUCCAAGUUUAA